AAAUCAUAAGCUUAUAAAUAACACUUCAAAGAAGCUUAAUUUUCAACACACAAAAUCAUAACAACUUUGUAUUGAAUUCCAUUGAUCAUGUCAACAAUCACAAGUUUGGUUGGUGAAAAGCCAGUAGUGAUAUUCAGCAAGAGUACAUGUUGCUUAAGUCACUCAGUAACAUCACUGAUACGUAGCUUUGGCGCAAACCCGAUUGUUUAUGAUCUUGAUAAAAUCGAAAAUGGAUCGCAGAUUGAGAGUGAAUUGCUUCAAAUGGGGAUUAAACCAAGUGUACCUGCUGUUUUCAUUGGACAACAAUUCAGAGGUGGUUCUAAGAAAAUUAUGAGUCUUCAUGUUAGGAAUGAAUUGGUGCCAAUGUUGAAGGAUGCUGGUGCUAUAUGGAUUUGAAACAGAGCCAUAGUCACUCACAUUAAUAUCAUGAAUAAGAUGACUUUAUAUUAUUAUAGUCAUAUUGCUCUGUUAGUUAAUUAAGCAUAAUUUUGUAGUAAUCAUGCUUAGUUAUAUAUAAGAUAGUAUAACUUUUAUGCUUAGUUACUAUUGAAAUGGCAUAAACAACUGUGAUGUUUCUAUUGAAUUGAAUA